UUUGAGAUACUAAAAUACUCUUCUUUUUUUUUUUCGAAGGAAAAAAAUAAACUAAAAUACUCUUAUAUGAUCACUUCACUCUCCUUUUGCAUUAGGAAGAUACCUAUAAAAAAAUGGAAAAGGAAGCUCUACUUUGUUCUGUUGAUGCUGAUGAAAUGGUUUCUCAACAACCUAAAAGAUGCAAGGCUGGUCUUAUCACCAUGCCUUUCAUCAUUGCAAAUGAGGCACUUGCUAGAAUGGCAAGUUUGGGACUUUUGUCCAACAUGAUAUUGUAUUUGAUGGGAAGUUACAAGCUUCAUCUAGGACAAGCUACACAGAUACUUCUCUUGUUCUCUGCAGCUAGCAAUUUCACGCCUAUUGUUGGUGCUUUUGUUGCAGAUCCUUAUUUGGGUCAAUUCCUAGGUGUUGGAUUAGGUUCUGCUGUCAGUUUCUUGGGAAUGACACUGUUGUGGUUAACAGCCAUGAUCCCAGCGGCACGGCCUCCAGCUUGCAGCCAUCUAACUGAAGGCUGUAAAUCAGCAACAAAAGGGCAAAUGACAAUGUUACUCUCUGCAUUUAGUCUCAUGUCAAUUGGAAAUGGUGGUCGUUCAUGUUCCAUAGCAUUUGGUGCAGACCAAGUAAAUAGGAAAGAUAAUCCGAAUAACCAUAGGAUCUUGGAAAUAUUCUUCAGUUGGUAUUAUGCUUUCACAACUAUUUCUGUCAUAAUAGCUCUCACUGGAAUUGUUUAUAUCCAAGAUCAUCUUGGUUGGAAAAUUGGUUUUGGUGUUCCAGCAGCACUCAUGCUUUUGUCUACCCUCUUAUUCUUUCUUGCUUCUCCUCUUUAUGUCAAGGUUACAAGAAGAACCAGCUUGUUCACUGGUUUUGCACAAGUAACUGUUGCUGCCUAUAAGAACAGAAAACUUUCAUUACCACCGAAGAACUCACCUAAAUUUUAUCAUCACAACAAGGACUCGGAUCUUGUUGUUCCAACUGAUAAACUAAGGUUUCUGAAUAAAGCUUGUGUCAUUAAGGAACAUGAGCAAGUUAUAGCCCCUGAUGGUUCAGCAAUAAAUCCAUGGAGACUCUGCACCGUAGAUCAAGUAGAAGAACUAAAAGCCAUUGUUAGAGUUAUUCCAUUGUGGUCUACAGGGAUCAUGAUGUCCCUUAACAUUGGAGGAUCAUUUGGAUUGCUUCAAGCUAAAUCCUUAGACAGACAUAUCACCUCACACUUUGAAGUACCAGCAGGAUCUUUUAGUGUUAUCAUGGUAGCUGCAUUAUUUAUAUGCAUAGUUCUCUACAAUCGCAUUCUUAUUCCUCUAGCAUCAAAGAUCAGAGGGAAACCAAUUAGGAUCAGUGCAAAGAGAAGAAUGGGAAUUGGAUUGUUGGUAUCUUUUCUGCACUUGGUAACUGCAGCAACUUUUGAGACUAUAAGGAGAAAGAAAGCAAUCAAGGAAGGAUAUCUGAAUGAUACUCAUGGAGUGUUGAAAAUGUCUGCAUUGUGGCUUGCACCUCAACUUUGUUUGGGUGGUAUAGCUGAAGCAUUCAAUGGCAUAGGCCAAAAUGAGUUUUAUUACACGGAGUUUCCGAGGACUAUGUCUAGUGUUGCUGCUUCCCUUUCUGGAUUGGGAAUGGUUGCAGGAAAUUUGGUAUCUUCUUUUGUAUUCAUCACUAUAGAAAACGUCACUUCGAGAGGAGAAAAAGAAGGAUGGAUAUCAGAUAAUAUUAACCUACAGUUGAUGAAGUAUCUAAGUGUAAUAGUUCUAGUGUUGAAGUUAAUAAGAAGGCUAGGGUUCAUCCAUCUUCAAGCCAACCACCUCUAAAGUGUAAUAGCUCUACUGUUGGAAUUAAUAAGACGGCCAAGGUUCAGCCAUCUUCAAGCCAACCACCUCUAAAGGUGAGGAAGGAGAAGCUAGGUGAUAGAAUAACAGCACUUCACCAGCUAGUUUCCCCAUUUGGAAGGACUGACACGGCUUCUGUAUUGUCUGAAGCCAUUGGAUACAUCAAGUUUCUUCAUGGUCAAAUUGAG